AUGACAUCCCCAACCAGCAACUCUCGGGACCAUGUCGAGCACUUAAAAUCGUCUUCCGAAACAACAAUCACUAACACCACAACCCACGAGUCCAAACAUACGGAACCACACGCCGAACGGGGCCAAACAUCGCACGACGGGUCAAAUGGGAGCUUUGGAAGUACCCAAAUAGAGGCCGGGGCUGCUGGAAAUACAGAGAAGACAGGUCCCUCAGCUUCACAAGAGACAGAAUCCGCCUGUCCUGACGGCGGUCUUCAAGCAUGGCUAGUCGUACUUGGUGGAUUUUGUGCACAUUUCUGUAUAUUCGGGUUAGUUAACUGCUCAGGCGUGUUUCUCGAGUAUUACCUUUCUGGGCCGUUGCGGCAACACGAUGCCUCGACGGUAAGCUGGAUCACCUCAAUCCAGAUAUUCCUCAUGAUGUUUCUCAGCACCGGAUAUGGACGUAUCUACGAUAAUUUUGGUCCUCAGUGGCUCCUCUGGAUCGGGACACUCAUCUACCUGCUGAGCCUGGUCGCGAUCUCUUUUUGCACAAAAUACUACCAAUUCAUCCUUGCGCAGGCCAUUGCCCCUUCGCUCGGUGGCUGCGCAGUUUUCACCGCUUCAAUGGGCGUUUUAGUGUCAUGGUUCGAGAAACGACGAUCAACUGCCUUUGGCAUCAUGGCGUCAGGCGGCUCGGUUGGUAGCAUUGUCCUCCCCAUCCUGAUGCAUCGUCUCAUUGAACAUACCGGGUUUCCAUGGAUGAUGCGCGUACUGGCAUGUAUAUUUUCCGCCUUAUUGGCCGUUUCUUGCGGCACAAUGAAGACCAGAGUGUCUCCGAAGCCGCGAGAGUUCAAAAUCGCAGACCACUUCGCAUCCCUGAAGGAUAUUCGUCUGUCACUUACCGCCGCGGCCAUGUUCUUCUUCAUGUUGGGCAUGUGGAUGCCCUUUAGCUUUACCUUGCUACAGGCCAAAGCUGCCGGAACUUCUCCAGCUUUGAUUCCGUAUCUGUUGCCGAUUCUCGGCGGUGCAAGUCUGUUAGGUCGUAUUCUUCUAGGCAUUGUAGCCGACAAAAUGGGCCGCUACAACGUCACCAUCUUCAUCUCCUUCCUAUGCUCCAUUACUUGUCUGGCAGUCUGGAUCCCAGUCAACGAUGUGGCGGGCAUUCUCGUCUUCAUAGUCAUAUUGGGCUUCUCUUCAGGCGGAUACAUCUCCCUUUCGCCAACUCUCGUUGCCCAAAUCUCUAAUCUCGACGAAAUCGGCACCAGAGUCGGCACUGCCUACGCAAUCACGUCCUUUGGCGCCCUGUUUGCAAGUCCUAUUGGGGGCGCGAUCGUGGCCGCGCAAGGCGGUAGCUACCUCGGUUUGAAGCUGUUCUGUGGCCUUGCCAUUUUCGCUUCUGCGAGUCUAUUUGCGGCUGUAAGACAUCUUCUUGUUGGUUUCAAAUUGGCGAUUGUGUAA